AUGGAGCCGAAGAUUAUGAUUUUCAAACCCUCUUAUGAGGAGUUUAGAGAUUUUAGUCAAUUCAUCAAAUUCUUGGAGAGCCAAGAGGCUCAUCGAGCAGGAAUUGCGAAGAUCAUUCCUCCCCCUGAAUGGAAGCCACGGAGUGCAUCAUACGAUAUGACCGAAAUCGGUGAUACCAAUAUCCCUGCGCCGAUCUUCCAGUUCGUAAACGAAAUGAAUGGCGUUUACGAACAAAUUUGCGACCCAAGAGAAUCGAUAUCUGUGCGCGACUUCAUGGCUAUGGUAGAGUCGGACGAUUUCUGCAAGGACCGCCCUCCCUUAGGUGACAACGAUAAGGUUGUGAGCGCUUACUGGGACAAGGUCACCACCAGUGAAGGCGAGCAGCGGAUCUAUGGUGCCGACAUCAACGGCUCGCUGAUGGAUGCGAACCUCGAGGUUUGGAAUAUCGGCAAGCUCGGCUCAAUUUUAGAAACAGUCAGCGAGGAGAGUAAUUUUAAAAUAGAGGGCGUUAAUACUGCGUACCUCUAUUUUGGAUCGUGGAAGACCUCCUUCGCUUGGCAUGUAGAGGACAUGGACCUCUACAGCAUCAAUUAUUUGCAUUUCGGCGCCCCGAAAACAUGGUAUGCUAUACCACCAUCGAAAGGACGCGACUUUGAACUUGUUGCAGCCGACUAUUUUCCGGAAUACUCCAAAAUCUGCAACGCUUUCUUGCGGCAUAAGACUGCAAUCAUUUCGCCCGACGUCCUGAAGUCGCGCGGAAUCCCUUUCGACACGAUCACCCAAGAAGCAGGAGAAAUUAUCAUCACUUUCCCGUAUGGGUAUCACGCUGGUUUCAACCAGGGUUUUAACUGCGCUGAAGCGACCAAUUUUGCAACAGAGCGCUGGAUCGAGUACGGAAAGCGCUGUACACAAUGCAGUUGCGAAAUUGGGUCCGUAGAGAUUCCGAUGGAACCCUUCGUACGAAAGUUCCAAAAUGACAAGUACGAAAACUGGGUCAAUGGCCGAGACAUCGGUGAACACCCUGAAGUCCCCGGCGAGCUAGUACCAGCAAACCUGCCAGCUGGCUUUGUCAAGACCACCCCGAGGAAUGGUCAAAAAAUAAAGAAAAGAGCAGAGCCCCUUCCCGUCCCCGAGCUAGCGGAUGAUGAUGAGGAAAAAGAGAACUCUCCUCACAGUUACGGCCGAGGCAUGAGGACAAAACGUCCUUCAGCCAAAGUAAGGGACAGUUACACUUACGAAGACGAAGAGGAAGAGGAAGAGGAAGACAGUGACAAUGACAAUUGGCUCCCUCUGGUUUCCAAGCGUAAAAAAAAGCACAAGGAAGAAAUUGAAUCACUCGAGAUGUCACGCGAGGACACGCUGUACCAGCUGAACAAGGACUUCGUCCAACAAGACGCUGCUCUGAUAAAAGACGUGGCCGAGUCGUGUUUGUAUGAUUAUGGAAAAUCGUACGAAGCGCUGGCCAAUUUGUUCCACGGCAACUCUUUGACGGAGCAGCCAAAGUUGUUGCAAAGUGUGCUGGUGCCAACUGAAAAGGUUGUGGACCAGCAGACGGUGCCAGAGAUGCCUCGCAUUUUGCCCGUGGGCUCGGACCAAAGUGUGCCUAAUAACGGGGCCCAAUUCAACGGCACGGGCCCAAAGCCCAACACUCGGGAGUCGGGAGCCAUCCGAAACGUAAACAUUAGCAGCGGUGACACUGUGAUUUUCAACCCAUGUCCUUCAAGUCAGGCCUUGAACAACUCUUGUCCUCAAAAUGCAGCUAUUUGCAAAGUGUCUUCCGACGGAAACACGACGCAUAUUCUUGGAUUUCAUGAAAAUGCCACCAUCAGCACUGUUGGCGCCAACACUCUAGUUCAAUACUCGUAUACCGAUGAUGAUAAUUCUUCAAAAAGCACGAGCGUCAAGUUGAUAUGUGCGUACAACGGCGAGGCUACGACCCUAACUGAGGAUCCAACAGUGCCAGGAGGACUGAUCCUGACGUCAAAAGAAGUUUGCUCGACUGACGUUCGGGACGAAGCAAAUGACGACGAAUUGUCCUCUGGCGCCACUUUCCUGUUCAUCUUCUUUAGCCUGUUCGCCGCCUACUUCUUCGGCGGCAUGGCCAUUCUCAAGUACAUCAAAGGCGCGCAGGGCGUUGAAAUGAUUCCAAACCACGAGUUUUGGACGAGCUUGCCCUCCCUUGUCAAGGACGGCUUCUACUUUGCCAUGUCUGCAUGCAGGGGUUCACCGAGCUACGACAGAAUCUGAGAGUUGCCACUCGUCAAGUUGUCCGGCGAUGGAUUACACAAGUACUGACUGACAAGUACUGAUUAACAAGUACUGACUGUACGUCGAGAUUUUUAGGGAUAAUUAUACAGUGAUAAGGAGAGCUCAAAUAAUCAAAUGAAAGCAGGAUCCUGAUGUAUUUUGUGCUGAAGUGUUCACAUCAGAUUUAUAUAUAUAUUUACUACAAUUAAAAUUAAAGGCAUAUUUUAGUAGGAAAACGUUUGUCUU